AUGAUUUCACGGCAUGCUAGUACGGCAGCUCGGGUCAUCAAAGGCGCAAUCCGUCGUGAUAUGCCAUCGAAGAUUGCAUUAUGGUUGACACCUGAAGCUGUAAAACGUGUGAAAUAUUUGCUUAGCAAACAACCGGAAACGACAGCACUAAAAAUUAGCGUAAGGCAACGUGGUUGUAAUGGACUGACAUAUACACUUGAUUAUGCCCAACAGAAAGCAAAAUUUGAUGAAGAAGUUGUGCAGGAUGGUGUACGUUUGUGGAUUGAUCCGAAAGCGCAGCUGUCGUUAUUAGGUAGUGAAAUGGAUUAUGUGGAAGAUCGUCUGUCUUCUGAAUUCGUAUUUCGCAAUCCGAAUAUUAAAGGCACAUGUGGUUGUGGUGAAAGUUUUAGUAUAUGA